CUUUGUCAUUCCAUGUCAUGAACUAAUUGAAGCACAUUGUUAUUAAGUUUAAUACAUUGCAUUGCAUCACCUCGUUUUUGUCCUCUCAAAGGUUCGCUAUUUGAAAGGAGUCAUAUGCACCCCGUCUUGAAGUGGUUGUCGGUUGUGACUCCGAUUGUAUCAAUAUUUUUGGGUGGUUAUUACUGGAGAUCUGUGUCCAUUUCUGCAACUCUUAAGCCUGACCUUACUACCGAUUACAGUAAAGGAGAGGAAGUUAUAAUGGCAGAUGCUAAGAGCAUUUAUGACAUUAAAUAUGUCGACAUUGAUGGAAAUGAGCAGUCCAUGGAACAAUACAGAGGACAUGUCCUGAUUGUCGUCAACGUCGCCUCGAAAUGCGGUUUCACCUGUGUAAAUUACAAAGAACUGACUGAACUGUAUGACAAAUAUUCGGAGAACGAAGGUUUGAGAAUUUUGGCCUUUCCGUGUAACCAGUUCGGAUCGCAGGAACCUUUGGGAGAAACAGAAAUAAAGGAAUUUGUCAAAGAAUAUGAUGUUAGAUACAACCUCGCAAGUAAAUCAAAUGUAAACGGGGACAACACGCACGCGUUAUGGACUUUGUUGAAGGACAGACAACGUGGAAUCUUGGGAACUACGUUGGUAAAGUGGAAUUUUACCAAAUUUUUGGUCGACAAAAAGGGAAAUGUUUUAAAAAGAUACGCUCCAAAUACAAACCCCAAGGCGAUGGAGAAAGAUAUUAUUGAGGCAUUCAAAUCAUAAGAAUAUUCCACUGUGCACAAAGCAGCUAUGUACAAAGUUAAAUUUAAAUUCAAUUUAUUGGUUUAAAUUAGACUCGUCAUGAUUGUUUUCAAUAAAUUUCAAUAAAUGAACCAAAAUGUA